CUCACUCUCACACACUCACACACACCCUUGUGUAGAGAGCAGAAGCACUGUGUAGUCCUUGGCUCUCUGCUCAGGCUCUGAUUGAUAUCAAGCUCCGGAUCAGGACGAGGAACAUAGCAGUGAAAGCGAAGGUGAAAACUUGAGAAGGAAUGGCCUUGGCUGACAUCACAGAGGAUGACUUUACUGAGCUGAUGCGUGAGGAGGCAGAGGACGUCUUCACUGAUGGUAGAGUGAUCCUGGGUCAGGGAAUUGUGGGAGUUUCCUCCCGUGUCCCAGAGAUCAUGGCGGCUGGCACACACUCUCCCGGAGGGCCCAGUGGAAUCAUCCGGAGUCAGUCGUUUGCCGGUUUCAGCACGCUGCAGGAGAGACGCUCACGGUGUAACUCAUUCAUAGGGAACUCGACAGCACAGAAGAAGUCACUCACAAAGCCCAAGAAGCCCCAUCUGUGUGGGCAUAAGUCCAGCAGCAGCAGCAGCAGCUCACAUGAACCGCAGCCUAAGAGAGUGGAGGAGGUGUAUGAAGCCCUGAAACAGGGCCUGGAUGAGUAUUUGGAAGUGCACCAGGCAGAGCUGGACAAACUCACCUCUCUCAUGAAGGACAUGAAGAGGAACUCCAGACUGGGAGUGCUGUAUGAUCUUGACAAGCAAAUUAAGACGAUCGAGAGAUAUAUACGACGCCUGGAGUUUCACAUAAGUAAGGUGGAUGAGUUAUAUGAGGGCUUCUGUAUUCAGAGAAGGCUACGAGAUGGCGCCAGUAAAAUGAAGCAAGCCUUCACCUCUUCACCUUCUACUAAAGGGACACGAGAGAGUCUGACCGAGGUCAACCGCCGUUACAAAGAAUACACAGAGAACAUGAGCACUUUCGAGGGAGAGCUGGAGAAUCUGUUGGGUGAAUUCCAUAUCAAAAUGAAAGGUUUGGCUGGUUUUGCGAGGCUUUGUCCAGGUGAUCAGUAUGAGAUUUUCAUGCGGUACGGACGACAGCGCUGGAAACUGAAAGGAAAGAUCGAAGCAAACUCCAGGCAGAGUUGGGACGGUGAAGAGAUGAUCUUCAUGCCCCUAAUCACAGAUCUUAUUUCCAUAAAGGUAACAGAGCUGAAGGGACUUGCCACUCAUGUCCUGGUGGGCAGUGUGAUCUGUGAGACCAAGGACCUGUUCACUGCCAUGCCUCAGGUGGUGGCUGUAGACGUCAAUGACCUGGGGACCAUCAAACUGAACCUGGAGGUCACUUGGUUUCCAUUUGAUGUUGAGGACCUGACCCUUUCCUCCGGCAAUGUUAGCAAAACUACCGCCCUGCAGAGACGAGUGUCAGUGUACAGCCAGGGGACACCUGAGACCCCCACUUUCCAGGACGCAACGUUCUUUACAUGGCAGCCUCAGCCUCGUCAGGGCCACCAUCUCUCAUUCCUGCAUACACUCAGGGACACUCUGUUAGAGAAACUCAGACGCAGUCGCUCAUUUGGUGACCUGGCUGCACUGCGGCCUCGUCCCAGAUCCAGUCUGGAAGUCUACUCCACACUGCCAGAUGACGUGUUCGAAAAUGGUGGCUGUGGUGUGGCUGAAUGUAAGCGCCUGUCCUUCACCUUCUCGGAUACACCAUCCUCUAGCCCAGCUCCUGGUCACUCGCAUCCUGAGAUCACAGUAACACCUCCUGAAAGUGACCAACCACCUCAGCUUCCUGCCUUAGACGAUCAGCCAGGUGAGGAAGAGGAUGGUGAGGAAGAGGAGGAGAGCACCAGUGUCAGUGCCAGCCUUGCGAGCGCCAGUGAGGCAGAAUCAGAGCGUGAGUGGGAGCGAGUGGAAUGUCAGCAUGGGUAUGAAUCCACAGCACCAUCGCUGUCCUCAGAAGGCCAGGUAUCAGCUGUGGGGCCAGAAGACGUAGUAUUCCUGGAACCUGGCAGCCAUGAUGAGAGCUCUGAGCUGAAGCCAGUGGAGCUGGAUGGGGAGGAGGGCAGUCUGACCAGGCAGCUGGUGCGGAGGCUCACUUCCUCUGAUAUCCUGCCUGAACCAGCUUCUCUGAGCUGGGCUGGAGAGAGCAGUCUGGAGGAGGCUAUUCACAGCCUGCUAAUGAAGCUGGAGAGUGUGACCCAGCGCUGCAGAGAGCUUCAGGACCUCGAACAGGAAGUGAUGAAGCUGGAGGACUUGCUCAAGGGUUUAACAGCUGUUCUGUCUCCUCAGUGCCGAGGUCCUGCUCACAGGAGUCGCUCCUCCAGUCUCAGCCUGACUGUGGAGAGUGCUCUGGAGAGCUUCGACUUCCUCAACACCUCAGACUUUGAUGAUGAAGACACUGGGGAUGACAACACUGCUGUCUCACGCUCUGUAUUUUUCGACAUGGAGACUGAGCGGAUUGGGCCAAGUCGGCAUCCAGAGGCCCGAGGUCAUCUGAGUGAAGCCCUGACAGAGGACACCGGUGUGGGUAACAGUGUGGCAGGGAGCCCCCUACCACUCAGCACAGGAAACGACAGUCUAGACAUGGCCAUCGUCAUUCAUUUACAAUACUGCAACCAUCUUAUUCAGAUGUUGACUUCAGGAGGAAGCGCUUGGCAGCAUAAGACCUAUUUGCACAAACUCUCUCUCCAAACGGAGUUAUUAGAGGAGUUAACAGAGAACAGCACAGAGUGGCUGGGAAACAUCGGCUCAGCUGCUGAGGUGCUGCCUGGGCUGGCUGAGCGGUCAGCGCUGCUGUCCCUGUGGUGUGAGUGCACUGGUUCUGGCAGCCUGUUUCACAGUACAGUGGAGCGAGUCCUCAAACACAUGCAGCAACGCUUCACUGCACCACUGCAGGAGACUUACCCUCACAGCACAGACUCUGUAAUCAGGCUAGUGGUGACUGAAAUGAUGGACGGGAAUGAACUCACCUUCACACCUUCCUUUCUGCCACAAGACGUUUUAACAGUGUUCCAGUUCUAUAGCUAUACCACCAACCACAGUGUCACAGACAUGGAGCAACACCUACUGGAGGUGGCCAGAGAGGCUGCGUUUGCGGAGCGUCUGAGUUCUGCUGAUGCCGAAUGCUCUGUAAAGGAGUUGCAGGAAAUGCCCAUCACUGCCCUCCAGCCUCAAACGCACACUCUUCGAGUUCUUGCUGGCCUCCUGACCUCUGACGACUCUGACCUCAUUAAAGCUGCCUCUACCUUUCUCUCUAAUGCUGCCUCACAUCCACUUUUUAGGUCAAAGGCAGUGCAUUGCUACACACAAACCUUAUCAGAAGCAGGCAUUCAAGCACAGAAAGCUGCUUGUGUUGCUCUGGGCUGUCUGCAGGCUGUGGAAAGUAUUGGAGGAGUCGUGGCACUGUGUGACUCUGACGAUGAAGAUCUCCGCCAUAAUGCCAUACAGACCCUCCUUACAUUCGGUGAGGAGGGUCGGCUGGCAUACGAGCAGUUGGACACGGUGCCAAGGGAGAUGGUGCGGUUGGGUACGCGGCGCGGCAAUGCCAUCACCACUGCCUUCUGAGAGCAGCAAGUUCAAAAGCCCACAAUACCGUUCCUGUGUCUGACUGUCCCACUUAUCCGGGGCAUGAGAAUGCCAAGGCAUUAUAAACUGAGGCACUGUUCCUCACAAAGCCACUCUGUACCAGGUUCUGAUGCACAGAUCAGUAGUUAUCAUUUUUUUUAUGAUCACUCACAUUAUUAUUGAUGUUCUUUCUGACUUCCAUUUAAUUAUUGGUUGAUACUAGUUUAGGUUCCCGAAUUUGCACUUGUCAGAGGCAUGUACAUAGAGCACAUUUAUUGUCGUUUUGUGUGGCGUUACUUACCUGAACUACCUGAGACUUGUGCUUUUCAGCUUCAGGGAUUCUGAGGGACGUGCUGAAUCUAACCCGCGUAAUUUCUCAGAAGUGUAUAUGUGAGUAAAUAAGUUAAAACUGUGGGCAUCAUUUGACAGAGUUAUGCUCGGCUCUACACCAUGUGGAUGCUGAAAACGGAAGCGUAUAUCUGUUUAUCCAGACCUCACACCACAACGUUCGCUUUUGCUUUGCAAUGCCACCAAUCACCAUCACACAUAGCUUGGAAUAAUGAGCAGUAGGAUGGUGGCAUGGUGGUCUGCCACUAGAGACUGAAGAGGCAAGCUUCUUCAGUGUUAUCCUGCAGAUUAAGUAUUGCAUUAAAAUGGUAUGAAUGCUCUGGUGAAUGGCAAGAACAGAUAGAUGUGUGUAUGUGCGCGUGUGUGUGUAUUUUAAAAUGCACUUUUUGGUAUCUCAAGUAAGGAGUCUUAAUUGAUUUACUGUGAAUUUGGUGUUAAGCUUCAAUGAAGACUGAAAGUACAGUGCUCUGUGAUCCAACUCGCUUCUGUGCCUAGUGUAACUGUACUACUGAGUCGCAUUUUUAACUGUGACAACUCAUCACUUUAUUUAUUUUCUUUUAAAUUACAUCCAUGUACCUUUUUUUUCCUUUUUAAUCAUAAAAUUGCAUUGUAUCCACAAUAUAAACAUAAAUACUUUGCUUUCUUUGGUAUUUGUGAUCACUCCCUGCAACCACAAACACCUUCACAUUUUGAUGUUUUAAUACUUUUAUGUUGUUUUAUUGAUCGUGUGAUUAUCUUAUCUUAAUGGGAGUACUAAUGUGCUUAGUAAGCACCGAGUGUUUAUAUUAGCCUGUUAUUUUGUCAUCAAGUCACUUCAUAAAUUUCUAAAGCCAUAAUUCACCCAAGAACAAUGAUAUAAAAUGACUGGUUUAUUUUGUAAUCUGUUUCACAGAGCUUUGUAAAGUUGGCUUAUUUUUCCAUAAUAGAUAAUAGUUUUACUUGCGUUUGUUGUGUUACUCAUUUCCACAGUAUUUUAGGGCUUGGCCAUCAAGGAACCAAUUUAACAUCAGUCUCCAAGGGAUUUUUUUGUACAUAGAUUUCUUGUGCAAUGAACAUUGAUGUGCUUUAUUCAAAUCCAGGCUUACACAUACACCUAGAUUCAUUUUUACAUUUUCACUAACAAACUGAGAUCUUGUUAAACAUCUUAGUAUUAUUUUUUUUCAUAACUGGUUUGAGAUGAAUACAUUUUAGGGUAGAGGUGUGCUGUAUGAACAGCUUUAGCACAACUUGGAUUUGAAUGAAUGCAGGCUGUCAAACCUGUUGUAUAAUAUCUCCAUUCAGUUUUCUUUUGUGUUUAUAAUAGUCCUAUGUCUGUUGCAAUAAAGUUUAUUUUUGGAUAAUGUUA